GGCUCACUGUCAUCUCUCGGGACAGAGCCUGAUGGCAGGAUCUUGUGAGAUCAGCAACAUCUUGUCUAACUACAUCAGCGCCAUGUACCAGCCGGAUGAGAUGCAGCCAACCUUGGACAUGCUGGGUCACCUUGGGGAUGACAGCACCCUGGGGCUGAGCCUCCCCACCAGCCAGCCCCUGGCACAGAGCACAGACAAGCCGGAGUGGUUCAGUGAGCUCCCGUACUUCUGGACCAAGGUGCAGGUGCUGGAAUGGAUCAGCUACCACGUGGAGAAGAACAAGUACGACGCCAGCUCCAUCGACUUCUCCUGCUGCAACAUGGACGGGCACGCACUGUGCCGCUGCACUAGGGACCAGAUGCGCCUCAUCUUUGGGCCCCUGGGGGACGAGCUCUACGACCGUCUGCAUGAGAUCACCUCCGAUGAGCUGAACUGGAUCAUUGACUUGCUGGAAAAAGAGAAUGUGACUUCCCAAGAAGCCUUCCUGGACUGCAGCCACCUUGAGCUGGGAAAUCCCUGUGCCAAUGACUCCCUGGAGGACAUGAAGCCCACAAACCCUUUCCUAUCCACAGACUUCACCUGCUUGCCUGACGCCAUGUCCCCAGGCAGCUCUGAUGUCUCAGGGCCUGUGAUGUCCCACAGCCCCAACUCCCAGGACUCCGGUGGAAGUGACCUUGAUCUCGACCCCACAGAAGCAAAGCUCUUCCCUGAUGAUGGCUUUGCAGGGAGCACGAAAGGGGACAGCAAACAUGGGAAGAGGAAACGGGGACGGCCCCGAAAACUCAGCAAGGAGAGCAGAGAGUGCCUGGAGAGCCGAAAGAGCAAGCACUCCCCAAGAGGUACCCACCUGUGGGAAUUCAUCCGGGACAUCCUGAUCCACCCUGAGCUGAACGAGGGGCUGAUGAAGUGGGAGGACCGGCAGGAGGGCAUCUUCAAGUUCCUGCGCUCGGAAGCGGUGGCUCAGCUCUGGGGUCAGAAGAAGAAAAACAGCAGCAUGACCUACGAGAAGCUGAGCAGAGCCAUGCGAUACUACUACAAACGAGAGAUCCUGGAGAGAGUCGAUGGGCGACGGCUGGUGUACAAGUUUGGGAAGAACUCCAGUGGCUGGAAGGAGGAGGAGGUGCUCAACAGGAACAAGGAGCUGUAG